AUGACUGACACGCAGCGCGAGGUCAUCUGCAACUUCUAUAGAUCUGUGCCUGCCACCCAAGGAGAAACACUUCGUGAUCCUCAUCCACCCGUCCAACUGUAUGUGGGCCAAGUCUUCGCCAACAAGGAUGCGCUGUAUGGACAGGUUGUACAUCAAUCAGCGCAACAGGACAUGGCGUCUAGUAGGUGGGGUCUUCGCAAGAAGAACUAUCGUAGCUGCAUUUGUCCCCAUGAGAAAACAACUGGGUGUGACUAUCUUGUCAGAGCGCGCGCCUCAGGUGUGCCCGAUGCGUGGGUUAUCACUGGGCUGCAACUAAAGCACAGUUGUCACCCUGGAGUACUAGCCCCUCGAGUUGGAGCGCUCAGAUUCCAGUUCCGAGAGCAUCAGCUUCGCUCUUCUGGAGUCGAGUCGGAGACCAAAAGCAAGACUGCUAUCUCGUUGGUCGAGCAGCAAACCGGCGUGCAGACGACCCAAAGGUCGACCAACCGUACCCUAAACGGUCUCAGCGAUGAUGACUUUAGAACUCAUGCUCAUGAAUGGGCAUGUUUGCCCGAUUUUACCAGGCAUUGCCAGUCGGUCGAUCCGGAGGGCACUUAUGUGUCCCGUUUGGACAGUAACAUGCGUCCAUUUGCCUUCUUUGCUCCAAGCUUCUUCAAGAAGCAAUUCUCGAAGCACAUCCGCCCGAUGCUAGGAGUUGACGCCGCGUUUACGAAGACUUGCGUCGAUCAUCAUAUCAUCAUCGCAUCCUCGUAUGAUGCCAACUCAAGCCUCUUCCCCUUGGCGUGGGCCUUCGCUUCCGGUUCUGAAAACGGCCGUGACUGGAGAAAGUUCUUUGAAUGCUUGAAAGCUGCAUACCCAUGUAUCGACAAACCCGCAUGCAGCUUCCCCUUGCAACGACGUACCUUAAGAAGGAGGCUGUCAUCUGGUUUCAGGGAAUCAGACAAAGCGCCCCGGAUCUCGUUGACUCCUGGGCAAAGCUCAAGGAGCAGCUCCAACUUGCCCCUCAGGUCUCAGGGACCCGCAACCACCCACUACUCCAUUCCACAACCACCCAGAGUCAAAGCAUGGAGCCCAACAAUCAGCAGCCCGACCGUCUGGAGCACUUCGCCCGAAUCGAAACGCUCCUCAAGGGCGCCCCGGAGUAUCUGGGCCACCUCGUCGUCGGCGAGCGCAGAUCCUGCGGGAGAAGACAGUACCGACGAUGAUGACUCGGAGGGGGGGUGGGAGGAGCCGGAGCGGCUGAGGGACUUGGAGGAUGACGAGGAUGAUGCCGACGAUGAUGAGGAUUGA